AUGCGAACGUUUGUUAAAGGCUAUAUUGCUAAUUGUGUCGAAUGCUAUUUUAAUCGAAAACCAGGUGGACGAAGCGAAUGUGAAUUACACAUUGACGAAUUGGAGCCGUUAAAGCCGUUUCGUAUUUUGCAUCCCGAUCAUCUUGGUCCAUUUAUAAGAAGCAAAAAAGAAAAUACGCAUAUUUUAGUGUUAGUGGACAGAUUCACCAAAUACGUGAUUAUUAAAGCUGUGCGUAACACCAAAACACAGCCAAUAAUCAACGCAUUAAAUGAACUUAGCAGUAUCUUCGGCUUGCCAGUGAAAAUUAUCACCGAUAGAGGAACGUCAUUUAACUCUAAAGUUUUUUUUGACUACUGUAAGCUGAAUGAAAUUAAACACGUUAAGACAGCCGUUCGUACUCCGAGGGUUAAUGGACAGGUGAAAAGGUUAAAUCAAUCCAUUCUAUCUUUCUUAAAGACAGCCAAAUUCGAUGACAAAAAUUUGGACGAAGAACUCCGAUCACUACAGUGGAUGCUUAACACUUAA